AUGACAUCACCGUCGCCGUCCGCCAACGAAGCGGCGUCGUCGGCGAAAAAGGCGCGCGCGAAGCAUGCCUGCACCGUCUGCAACUCACGGCGAGUGCGCUGUGACGUGAUGGAGGUGCAGCCAUGCACAAACUGUGCCGAUGCUGGUGUGCCCUGCGAGGUGCUACCGUCAAGAAGAGGAAGAUAUCCUCGCAAGCCACGACAUAAAGGACCCAGAACAAGGCAUGCCCGGAAUGGAGCAUCUGCGUCCGCCACCGCGGAGAGCACGGAUCCAGAGGACCAGAUUCACAGAGAGGCCCACGCAACCACCACCACCACCACCCAGUCGCCGUCUCGGGCUGCUGCUGCUGCUACUGCUGCUCCAUCCUCCUCCACGCCGUUUAGCAGUGUAGGCGCGUGCCACAGCUACCGCACGCGGAAGCAGACGGCCGCGCGCGAAGCCAGCCCUCCCGCGUCGCCCACGCCGGCCUCGUCGGCCAAGGCGUCUGGUGCGCGCUUCUUUGGCGAGAGCAACUUCCUGACCAUUGUCUCGGGCGGCCGCGAGGGCGACGGCACUAGCUCCAGCCAACCCGGCGGCAGCCGGUCUCGGUACACGUUUCAUCUCCCGGCCAAGAGACCGAACCCGGCCCAGGCUGAAGGCGCUGGCAUCAAGGAGUCCACCCUGCGGUACCUGCGUGACGAGGGCGUCUUUGACCUGCCAUCGCAGGAGCAGUGUGCGCCGGCGCUUCGAGCCUUUUUUACCUGGUUCCACCCGUGCUUUCCUGUGGUCGAUGCUGCGGACCUCGCAAAGCGCUUCACGGAAAACCGGGUGCCCAAGGUGCUGAUGUAUGCGAUGCUGCUUGUUGGGUGCACCUACUGCAACGACUCGGUGAUUUCAGACAUGGGGUUCAGCGACCGGUUCCAGGCCAAGACGCUGUUUUACACGAGGGCAAAGUUGCUGUUCGAUGCCGACUGGGAACGGGACGAGAUUACGCUGAUUCAGUCGCUGUUUCUGAUGAGUUUUCAGAGAAACGGACCUGCGGACGUUCGCGAUGUACGGUAUUGGCUCGGCAACGUGAUUACCCUGUCAGAGUCUAUUGGCCUUCAUCGAUCUUCAUGCUCAGUCUCAAAAACAGUAGAGACGCCAACGAUGAGAAGGAGAAUUUGGUGGUCGAUUUAUGUACGCGAACGCCAGUCAGCAGCGUCGCUAGGCUUGCCUAGCCGCAUCAGAGACGAGGACUGCGACAUUGAGACGCUGACGGCCGCGGAUCUGGAGGCCCCCGACGUUGACCUAGACCACCCCAUCCUCGCGCCGACGAAGCCCGAGCACAUAACCUAUGCCAUCAAAAUGGUGGAAGUUUCAAGACUAAUCGGGCGCAUCAUUGACUUGCACUUUGUCCCCGGCCGGACAGGCUCCAAAGCCAAAGACGUGGAGAGCCUAGACAAUGCCCUCGAGGCAUGGAAGGACAGCCUCCCGCAGAGCAUGCGCUUUUUAUCGGACGAGACGAAUACCUCGGUCUGGGCGUGCCUCUUGCACCUGGCCUACAACCACCUUCGGAUUCUUAUCCAUCGAAACAGCUACCUCCACUCCAACGACAAGACAGAGAGCAGCAUGAUUGUCACUGCGUCUGCAUGCCGCAUCAGUCGAAUCGCCGAAGACAUGUACACGAGCGGCAUACUAGGCUGCGGUCAGAUGCACAUGAUCACGAGUCUCUUCACAUCGCUGUGCAUCCACGUCAUCAGCAUCCGGCGCGACACGGGCGUCAACCGGCGCAUCGCCGAGAACCGCGCGCAAAUGUGUCUCAUCUGCCUCAAGGAGAUUCAAAAGUACUGGCGCAUCAACAACAACGUCCUCGACAUCUUCUUCCAGUACCUCGACGCCUCCAUCGCCGACCGCCUGCACGCCAAGCAGCUCUAUGCCGGCAACGGCCACCCCGGCUUCGCUGCGGCGGCGGCGGCAGCGGCAGCCACCCAUAGUGAGACGGCGCAGACGUCGCUGCCGCCGGCGUCGUUUUCCAUCAGCGCGAGCAUGCCCUGGCAGCAGACAAUGGCGACGCCAACGGCGACAACGACGACGCAGGAGCUGCCGGAGCAGCAGCAGCUGCAGACGCCAAUGAUGAACUUUCCGGGGGCGGCGAGCAAUGUCCCGGAUAUCAUCUUUGACGAUCAGUAUUUUACGAACUUGAUGAAUGGCCACUGGGAGGCGGACGAGAAGAUAAGCGAGCUGGGUCUGUUUCUGCAGGCCGAAGACAUUACUGGCGGCAGAGGAUGGAGGUGA